CUGUGCUUCGCCGCGGUGGUGGUGGCGGCGGGCUGUGCGCUCAAACUGGAAGCGGGCAGAGUGGGUCGUGGGCGACUUCAGCUAUGCAUACGCCUUGGUUGGCAACUGUGUACGGCCGCUGCCUUAACGGGUGGUGUGCAGGCAGUUGUAUGGCCUCGGGGGAGUAACUAUGACUCUCUUAAGGUAGCCAAAUGCCUCGUCAGAUUCCUACUGUCCCUAUCUACUAUCUAGCGAAACCACAGCCAAGGGAACGGGCUUGGCAGAAUCAGCGGGGAAAGAAGACCCUGUUGAGCUUGACUCUAGUCCGACUUUGUGAAGAGACAUGGCGGGGGG